AUGGCCGAAGCCUACGAGCGCGAGAGGCAAAAUGACGCCCGUCUAGACGAGCUGUCCGCCAAAGUAUCUGCCCUUCGCGGCGUCACCAUCGACAUCUACGACAAUGCACGUGCCCAGGACGUCAUUGACAAUACCAAUGAUACAUUCUCCUCCAUGUCGUCGCAGUUAGCAUCCGGGGCGGGACGAAUGACGAGGAUGGCUGCGUCGGGCAACAGAGUCGCCAUUUUGAAGCUGGCAGCUACUAUUAUUGGUGUAUUCCUGGUGCUUUAUUAUGCGUUGAAGUUGUUUUUGUGA